AUGGUUCUUGGCAUUUUCAUGGCUUUUCGUAAGAAAGUGACGAACACAAAAAACGAGCAGUCACGAGUAAACCAUGAUAAUGUUUUUGCAAUAUGGAGCUAUGAUGGAAAAAUGGUCUAUGAAAACAUCAUUGAAGUCACUGAGAACUUCAGUGCCAAAUAUUGUGUUGGAGAGGGAGGAUAUGGUGCCGUUUAUAGAGCUGACCUACCAAAUGGUCAAGUAGUUGCUGUGAAGAAACUUCAUGCAACACUUGAUGAUGACUGGGCUAAUUUAAAAGGGUUUACAAGGGGAAGCUUGGGAAAGGUACUGAGCAUGGACGAUGAUAUUGUAAUCUUUGAUUGGAUUAAGAGAGUGAACACUGUAAAAGGUGUGGCAAAUGCUCUUUCUUAUAUGCACCAUGAUUGUUUUCAACCAAUCAUCCAUCGAGACAUAUCAAGCAAGGAUGUUUUGUUUGAUUUGGAGUAUGUGGCUCACAUAUCUGAUUUUGGCACAGCUAGAUUUAUGAAUCUCAACUCAUCCAAUUGGACUUCCUUUGCUGGGACCUUUGGUUAUGCUGCUCCUGAACUUGCUUAUACAAUGAAAGUGAAUGAGAAGUACGAUGUUUAUAGUUUUGGGGUGCUAGCACUAGAAGUGAUUAUGGGGAAGCAUCCGGGUGAUCUAAUCUCCUCUUUAUCAUCAUCCUCAUCCUCAUCAUUAACAUCAACUACGCAAGGGAUAUUUUUGAAGGAUGUCUUGGACCAACGCCUCCUACCUCCGAGGAAUCAAGUGGCAAAGCAAAUAGUAGCUGGUGAACAAGAUUUUCCAUGGGAACUUGGCUCCGCUGUUAUUGGAAAUCUACAACUUUAG